CCAGCAAGUGUCGAGUUGUCACCGGCAAUCGUUCCUGUGUCAAAUUCUUCCCCACUGUCUGGUGUGGCCCCUCUGACAAAUUACUGUCAUUGUGUAACGUUUAUCGCGGACUGAAUCGCCAUGACAACCGGUAAGAUGGAGUUCACAGCCGAUGACGGAUUGUAAUUUGUCCGAAUUGUCGUAACACUGAGUGACGGAUUAAUCUCCUGAUUUGUACCUUGUUAAAUCUGUUCGGCUCGAGUGUCUCAAAGUCAUGUCAUCUUAUGAGAACAUUUGGAGUGGUUUUUUGAAGACUUCUGAUAUGCUUUGUCACUGACUUUUUUCUGUACAAUAUACUAGGAUAUUAUACGGUAACACUGAGUGGACAAUGAUUGGAUUUCAAGUAAAUUACUUGUAUGCAAGCAAUGAGUACUGACAACCCGUUUCUUUGAUAUGAAUUUUCUUUUGUGAGUUCUAAAGGAAAAUACGAUAUGUAGAUAUUCCGUAAAGUAAGUAAUGUAAGGAGGGGACCCUCAACAUUGAAUGAAGAAAAUGGAUAUUGUUGUGUGGAGAAAAGAGUAAAGACACUCAAUUAAUCAAUCGACCAAAUUAAAGAAAUGACGCAAGUUAUUCCAUCCUAACCUAACAAUCGGAAUGCGACCGCAAUAAUGAGUUUGGAAUAAAUGGCCCUUCCUGUCUUGACCUCGGGGUACCACCUCGGGUAUUAGAGGGAGCAGUCCAUUUAAAUCUAUUACAUGCUGAGGGAGUUAUUUUGUGAACCAUUUUAAAGGUUUUUCUUGUCGCAGAAGGAGCGUAACGCUCAAAUUCUGAUUCCGAAAUGUUAAUGUAAAAAUUUAAAAUGCCAAUGAGAAGAUAAUAUUUUUAAAAAAUCCCUAUUGUCCAAUCAGAUCGUUGUGUUACUUGCUCUGGAUCUGUGGGAAGAAAUGAAACAUACAACGGUAAACCACGUGCUUUGUUAUAGUUUCGAAGUUGUCUUUAGACAGUAACGAGACAGGUUUAGUGCUGACUUUGCUUCAGAAGUGACAGGACUAUGGCAGUAGGUGAUGAAUGUGUCCAAGUAAAGGCAGUCAUCACUUCAAACCGCAAUCUCUAGACCCGAACGAGCGGGGACGUUUACAUGCAAUUUAUUCAUUUGAAGUUGGAGUGGUACAAGAUAAACUUUUUUGUGAAAGGCUUUUUCAAGCUUACAGGAAGGAGAUUUGUGCUGUUAUUCUGAUGAAUUUACCAGAUCGAUAUGCCUCUUACACUAAUGCUCCUAAUAGCAUAUUAAGCUUGAUAGAUGCUGGGACAAGUCAGCGUAAAUGAGAAAUUCAUUGUUGAGUUUAAUUUUUCAUUGUGAUGUUAUAACUGUUUCCACGAGAUAGGAAUAUUUUAAAUGACAGUUGAUAAACUCGAUUUAAGGACUUACUCCAACAUGAGUAGUGCGUUCGAUCCCUUUUGGUGCAAUUUAUGCAUCACUGUGCCGAAAGGAAAGCGAAAACUUCUCAAAAAAAUUCUAUACCCAUUAACGAAAUGGAUUGACCCGUCUUUCGAAUUUUUCAACAUUUUUGAAAGUGACAUCCAGCCUCGAAACGAUGAUAAACCCAGUAGAACUUCAGAACAGUGCGAAGUGGAGAGCGUGAGAGCACCUUCCAUUAGCGUUAUGCUGUUUUUAUCUGAAAAUGGUACCAUGUCAUCGAAGGAUGUCCAAAAGCUGUUCCUCUUGCCUCCUUGGGCCUAUCACCACAAGGUGGAGCUUUAUAACGUACGUUCCCCGGAAAGAACUGCAGCCUGCCAGGAAUUCUACGAAAUAGCAGACGACAUGCCUCUUUGGUCAGUGUGUCCAGUUCAUUACGGAAACGAACAUCUAAGAGUUCUUAUUUAUGUGAGAAAUUUUCAUCAGAUGGUGGAAUUUUACAGGGUCAUUACGGAUAGUGAAAUGGAGAGUAGCAAACCUGGAUUUUGCAUAUUCCAAAUGUGUUCUCAACCAGGAUUGGAUAUUCAAGUAGCUCUAAAAUACUCAAAAUACAUCGAACCGUAUCCGAUUUCAACCACACGUUUGUCAUUUAAGGUGAAAAGUGUUGAGUCCAUCGGGGCUUUUACUGGAUGCAAUCUAGAACCUGCUGAGGGAAACUCAUUUAUAGCAACUGACCCUGAUGGAAAUAAAGUACAACUUUACCAAAUACCAAAUACAGAAUCUUCUAUACCAACGAAAUCAGUGAAAACUAGAGGUGAAAAAUUCUCAGAGGAUAUAAAAAGUUGCCGAAGUUCGGACAGCCAUGAUUCAGGGCGGUGCUCAGACAGUGAAAUUUGGUGUAGCGAACCCGAACCUUUUCGAAAUGAAUCUUUUGGACUGAAUUCUCGGACAGAACAUGUGCUUCAAAUACGAGAAAAUUGCGUUAUGCCACCAGCACUUAACACUAAAAACAAAAUCAAAGCAGUCUAUUUGUAACAAAGGGACGAGCAAAAGUGCACGGGUAACGAGUUUUUAAUUUUUACAGUUUUGUGCAAUAAAUCAAUUUUUAAAACGUU